UCCUUCGUCGGACACCGUGCUGUUUGCGAAACGUCAUCAUGGCGCGACUUCUUACAUGUGCACAACACAGCAGCGGUGAGGAGCUCACCUGGAGCAGUUUGUGAUAAGUUUCAGGUCUCCAGAUCCUUGAAGGGCAGCUGCACACUUCCUCUUCGCCGUCCUCGUUCAGCCAUGAGUGACAGUGACGACGACGUCCCGACACUGUCCGCUCACACUCUGGCCGCCCUGCAGGAGUUUUACAAUGAGACCAGAGACACCACACCGUCAGACCAGUUUGCUGUGGGAGCAGUGGAGGAGGACUGGCGGAUGAGUCAGUUCUGGUACACUGACGAGACAGCGACUAAGUUAGCCGAGGAAGCCAUACGUGAAGCUGGAGAGGGAGGCAGGAUAGCAUGUGUGAGCGCGCCCAGUGUGUACCAGAAGUUGAAGCAGGGCGUGGUGGCUGGCUCUGAUCGGAUAUCCGCUGUCGUGUUGGAGUAUGACCGCCGCUUUGCCUCCUAUGGCGAUGACUUCAUCUUCUACGACUACAAUGAGCCGCUGGCUCUUCCGGGCAGCGUGGCUCCUCAGAGCUUCGACAUCGUCAUCGCUGACCCGCCGUACCUGUCCAAGGAGUGUCUGAGUGAAGUGGCCAAAACCAUCAAGUACCUGAGCAAAGGCAAAGUGCUGCUGUGUACAGGAGCCGUCAUGCAGGAUUUCGCCAAAGACCUCCUGGAUGUGAGAGUGUGCAGCUUCCUACCAAAACACAACAAAAACUUGUCCAACGAGUUUCGCUGUUAUGUCAACUAUCAUUCUCACCUGCUGUCCUGAACCUCUGUCUCAUCAACACUGACUGUUCAGAGCAGAAAGAACCAGAUGGAGGGAGGACAUCAUACAGACAUUUUACGGCACAGUGCUUUUAGUACUGUGCUCCUGAACUGUUGAGGAAUGAAUGGAUGCGUUAUGACCUGCAGUGAAAGUGGACAUUUUGUUAAAUUAAAAGUGAACUUGGGCUUGUUGAUGGGUUUUUACAAAAAUGAUUGUAAACCGAUGGAAUUUAUUGACGUUGAUUUUGGUGAACAGCUUCAGCUGGUAAUUGGGCAAAAAACACCAAACAUGAAGUGGUUUCAGUUUUUUGUUUCGCUGCUUUACUGUUUUGCAUCAUUUUAAAUAAAUAUCUUUGUGUUUUGGACUGUUAA